UUUGAAUGUCUGAAGCAAGGACCUCGAAGCCAGGAUUACUCAUCUCCUUGUGCCUCCUGGAGCACUAUGGGUAUACAGCGUGCUCAGAGAGCAUCUCUGGCUCUCACGCUCAACUACGUGGCGUUAGCCAUGGCGAUCUCCGCCGUCACCACCAGCUACUGGUGUGAGGGGACCAGAAAGGUGGUCAAGCCCUUCUGCAUGGGGCCGAUGAAAGUCAAGCAGACGUACUGCAUCCGCUUUAACAGCUCCGACAUCAACGACACACGGCUGGUGCAGUACAUAUAUGAGACCGGAGAGGAGAAGUUCCUCAUGAGGAAGUUUCACGCAGGAAUCUGGUUCUCCUGCGAACAAACCACAGACUUACAAGGAUUUACCUGUAGAAGCUUUUUAGAGAUUGCACCAGAUCAUGAAAGAGGAGUGCUCUGGCUGUGUAUUGUGGCUGAGUGUCUGUACAUUGGUCUGCUGUUCACCGGUGGAGCUAUGAUGGUCAUAGAGAUGUGUUCAUGCUUUAACAUGAUAAACAGACUCAAGCUCAAUGCCUUUGCAGCUCUGUGCACCGCUCUCUCAGGCCUUUUCGGGAUGGUUGCACAUAUGAUGUUCACCACAGCUUUCCAGCUGGCUGUUCAGCUGGGUCCAGAAGACUGGAGACCUAAGACAUGGGACUACAGCUGGUCCUAUCUUCUGGCAUGGGGCUCGUUCGGCACCUGCAUGGGCUCGGCGGUCACUGCAUUAAACCACUACACCAAAACCAUCAUUGAGUUUAAGUUCAAGCGGAGGACCAUUGAGAAGAAACUGCGCAUCAAGCAGAUUCUGGAGCUGGACGCACCAGAAGACUUAUGGUACAUCACUUCAUUACAAGAGCAAGCAGACCAACACGCUGCUCUGUAUGUGAAUGGCACUGGACCGUCCUGCAUCAACUCCACAAUACUGGACAAUUGGGGCAGAGCAUACUGCUGAAAACUCACGAAGGACGCUGCUCCUCUUCAGCACAGACAUUUGUGUGCUUUUAUGUCAACAGAGCAGGAUGUGGGCUUUAGUGCCACAACUAUUCUGACAAAACUCGCUGUGCUACCGUGAACCUUGUUCAUAUGCUGACAACUGAGGUUUAAAGUAAUGAUUUUAGUAGAUAAUUCAUGCUGAAACAAGACUGACAUUCUUGACAAAAACAUAGUUUGAUUUAUAGUUUGACUUAAUGGACAGUUUUUAUUUUCAUGGAAUAUUGCGAGCCCGUUCUCCAAGCGUAAAUAUCCAACGCACAUGGCACCCUUUAACGUGAAAUGAGACGCAGAUAUAUUUGGGCAG